AACGCUCUCUUUCUCAAUGGUGCGGAUAUCUUUCCGUCACUGUCAAAGUUCGCGUUUCCUUGUUUCCUGCUUUCUUUCCUAACGUCAAGAUGGCUGAUCAGAACGAGCGUGCGUUCCAGAAGCAAAUCGGUGUCAACCUGAACCGUAAACAGGCUAACAAGAAGAAGGGUUUUCGCUUACAUCGCAGCAUCGGUCUUGGAUUCAAAACUCCUAAGGAGGCGAUAGCUGGGACAUACAUCGACAAGAAAUGUCCAUUUACCGGUCACAUUUCCAUUCGUGGUCGCAUUCUGACCGGAGUGGUUCGAAAGAUGAAAAUGCAACGAACAAUCGUGAUCCGUCGUGACUACCUUCACUUCAUACGGAAGUACGACCGAUUCGAAAAGCGUCACCGGAAUCUUAGUGUGCAUUUGUCGCCUUGCUUCAGGGACGUCGAGGCCGGUGAUAUUGUGACCGUUGGCGAAUGUAGGCCGUUGUCGAAGACCGUGCGCUUCAAUGUGCUUAAAGUGAGCAAAUUGGCUGGUGCCAAGAAGAAGUUCAAUAAGUUCUAAGACAUUUAGAAUAAAACAUGUACAUGAGAAAAAUGGAUGGAAAAAAAUCUGGAGAAAAAAUUAGCAAGUAUCUGAAAUUUCUCCAGGAGUUUUCAAGAAAAAUACAUUAAAAUUUGGAAA